AUGGAUAAAAAUAGUUAUAAUAAUGUCGAUUCCGAUGUAAAUAUAUCGUCCUUUGACGUAAAUGACAAAACUCCGAUAUUAGGAUCUCCACAUAAGAACAGUUCUAGAUUACUGUCAAAACGAUGUCUUAUUCUAGUUCUCGUUGGAGUGGUGCUAUUGUUCGCUGUUUCAGUUGCGUCAAUAGUUGUAUUCUCAAAGUAUUAUGGAUUCAACACCAGAACCCCAGACCCGGAAUUUCCAUUGCCACCAUCAAGUAUGCCAAUGGGCUUGUACCGUAAGGUCGGUGUCGUAUCAAAUGGUGGACCGUGUGCACAAAUCGGAGUGGAUGUGAUGGCGAAAGGUGGAAAUGCCAUAGAUGCCGCAAUAGCUACAAUUUUGUGUGAUGGAGUCGUAUGUCCUCAUCAAAUGGGUGUUGGUGGAGGAUUUAUAAUGAGUUUCUACAAUGCAACUACCAAAAAAGUAAUGUCGAUCAAUGCACGUGAAACAGCUCCAGCUGCAGCAAAAACGAACAUGUUUGUAAAAGAUCCAAUGAGUUCUAUUAACGGAGGAUUGGCUGUUGGAAUUCUAGGAGCAUUUAAGGGUUAUUCAGAUAUUUAUAAUUUAUACGGUGGUGGAGUUUCAUGGAAAUCACUUUUUGAACCAACGAUAAAAUUAUGUGAAGAUGGUAUAAAGAUCAGUAAACAUUUAGAAAUAAGUUUGAAGGAUGAUGUAGAAUUAAUAAAAGCUGAUCCAAUGCUCAGACAAACAUUUUUCGAUGAAAAUACCAGACGAUCAAAGAAAACUGGAGAAAUUUACAAGUUACCAAAGUUGGCAGAAACGUUAAGAACAGUAGCAGAGGAAGGUGUAGAUGCCAUAUAUAAUGGAUCAUUAGCAUCAAAAAUUGUAGACGAUUUACAAAAAGUCAACGGUAUUAUUACAAAAGAAGAUUUAGCAAACUAUUAUGUUGAAAUUGAAGAAUCGUUUUCCGUAAAAUUAAAGAAUGGAUAUACAAUACAUGCAGGGCCACCUCCUGGUUCUGGCAUAAUAUUAGCAUUCAUUCUUCGUAUAUUGGACGGAAUUUUACCUGCACCCAAUGCUGGCUUAGAUGCACAUCGUUUGGUGGAGGCGUUUAAAUUUGGAUACGGUGAAAGAACACAUUUAGGAGAUCAUAAAUUUGUUAACGUGUCUCAAAUUUAUGAUAAAGUAAAAUCAGACAGUUACAUAGAUAGUAUACGAAAUAAAAUAUCAGAUAACUUCACUUCGUCAGACCCUAAAUACUAUGGAGCAGAUUUUGUUAUGCCAGAUAAUCAUGGAACCGCCAACUUGGCCACCAUUGAUCAGAUGGGAAACGUUGUCGUAUGCACUAAUACAAUCAAUACACACUUCGGCUCUGGUUUCAUGUCCCCUAACACCGGCAUUAUUUUUAAUAACCAAAUGAAUGAUUUUUCUACCCCGGGAGUCUCCAAUCACUACGGAAUUCCGUCGUCACCGUCCAAUUACAUAAAACCAGGCAAACGACCAAUGUCUUCUAUGUGCCCAACUAUAUUUACCGACGAAAAUGGUGAUUUUGCUCUCGCGGCAGGAGCAGCGGGAGGUUCGAAAAUCACUCUUGCUACGUCUUAUGCGUCUGCUCUAAGAUUAUGGUACAAUAAAACAUUGAAAGAAGUAAUAGAUAAACCCAGAAUUUACCAUCAACUUAUGCCUAUGCAAGUUCAAUACGAAUACGGAACGACACGGGGUGUAGUGCAAAAACUUAAAGAUAUUGGUCAUACAGUAAUUAGAUUGAAAGAUAACGGUGGAUCAGGUGGUUCAGCAGCAUCAGCUAUUGCCAGGUCUCCUUCAGGAAUGAUCGAGGCUAUGCCAGAUUUCCGGCGGAAAGGAAAUUCGUCUGGAUAUUAA